UAACCUUAGUGGAUGACAUCUUUUUUUAUCUUCUCUUCUCUUCUUUCCAUAAAAGCCUUACACCAGCUCCACCUUCUGCAUUUUCUUCUCCACUUAGAUUUCCUUUUUCCUAAGGAAACUCGAAAUUUCUUCUCAGCUUCUCCACCCUCCUCACAUACCAUCUUCCUAUAAACACACAAAUUCUAAUACCCAUUUAUUCAUUUCAAAGAAAAAAAAAAAGCAGCUUCAGGGAUCCACAGAGAAGAAAGAAAAAUGAGUUAUUACGACCAGCAGCCGCCGGUGGGUGCUCCUCCACCACAAGGGUAUCCAAAAGAUGCAUAUCCACCACCUGGGUACCCAGUUCAAGGGUAUCCACAGGGGUACCCUCCCCAAGGGUACCCUCCACAAGGGUAUGCUCCAGGCUACGCCCAGCCUCCCAGGCAGGAGACUGGUUUCCUUGAAGGAUGCUUAGCGGCACUCUGCUGCUGUUGCCUUUUGGACGCUUGCUUUUGAGGCUGUAUUUGUCCAUAAUUCUUCUAUGUAUUUGCUUGCUUUAGGCCAUAACAAUUUCAUUAUCUUUCUGUAAUGAUAGUUCUUUCUAAUUCAGUUGGGAUUUGUUUCUUAA